AAAAUACAAAAACAAUACUACAAUAGUGACAAACCUUCGUCGUCCUUCGGCAAUUCCUUACACUCCCAUUUGCGACCUUUCCUAUGCCAAAUUGAUCGAAAAUCGAAACCAUCGUCCUCAAUAAUUCCUUUAUUAUUUUCUUAUUAUUAAAUUAUUAAUUUUAUUUUUAUCAUUCACAACGCCAACAACUACUUUAGCAUUAUCAAUUUAUCAUCAUCCAACAACAAUAUCAUCAUAUUCAUUCUCCAUUGUUUCCUCUCUCUCUCUCUCUCUCUCCUCGUCAUUCGUCAACACUUGCCAACUAUUUAAGUUACCCAAAGAUGCUUCGUUUUCAUCAUAUCGUUAGAGUUUCUCUAUUUGCAUCCAAAGCUUCAACCUUUCCUCUUACCUCUGUUUCUCUUUCAACAUCAAUUCCCAAAAGAACUACCUUUGCACUUCGAUCACAAAUGACUUCUUUCUCUUCUUCUUCUUCCUCUUCCUCCUCAAAGCUCUUGUUUCGCCAGCUUUUCGAGAAGGAAUCGUCUACAUACACGUACCUUCUUGCUGAUGCAUCACACCCCGAUAAACCAGCGCUUUUGAUAGACCCUGUAGAUAGAACAGUGGAUAGAGACUUAUCCCUUAUUCAAGAGCUGGGAUUGAAGCUUGUGUAUGCCAUGAACACUCAUGUACAUGCUGAUCAUGUCACUGGGACUGGCCUUAUCAAGAGCAAAGUUCCGGGUGUAAAAUCUAUUAUUUCGAAAGCAAGUGGUGCAACGGCUGAUCUUUUUGUGGAACCAGGUGAUAAAGUCCAUUUUGGUGAUCUUUUUUUGGAGGUUCGAGCUACUCCUGGUCAUACCUUGGGUUGCGUUACCUAUGUUACAGGAGAUGCUUCUGAUCAACCUCAACCUAGGAUGGCAUUCACUGGAGAUGCCCUAUUAAUACGUGGAUGUGGAAGGACCGACUUUCAGGGUGGGAGUUCGGAGCAGCUUUACAAAUCAGUACAUUCACAGAUUUUUACACUGCCCAAGGAUACAUUUAUCUACCCAGCUCAUGACUACAAAGGAUUCAGUGUAAGCACUGUUGGAGAGGAGAUGCAGUACAAUCCACGGCUAACAAAGGAUGAGGAAACUUUCAAGAACAUCAUGGCAAAUCUUAACCUUUCAUAUCCAAAAAUGAUCGAUGUUGCUGUCCCAGCUAAUUUGGUUUGUGGAGUUCAAUCCAAGAGGGGUGUCUGUGUGAGCAAGAAGCAAGAAUGAGUACGAAUAACACACUCCAGCAACCAGUUAGUAAUGUAAUUUACCACGAAAAAGAAGUGUUAAUUGGAAUUUGAGUUGAACAGAAAAUGAAGAAUGUAAACUAAUAGUAAAAUAAUGAUUGUGGGCCUCAAUCUAAUAUAAAUAUAUACUUCAGUGAUUAUGCUUA